AUGAAUCCAAACUCGGUUCCAGCGCCACUGUCGGAGUUGGACGACCGCGACAUGGACAGCAUCAUCAAUGAGCUGGUGGUGAUAGCCCACCCAGACGCGCACUCAUCGACAAGCCCGACAUAUACAAGUGUCCAUGAGUGCUACCUUGAGGUGUCCAAGGACGUCAUGAUGAGAUUUUACAAUCUCGGGCUGAGUCGCGUGUCGACUGCGGCGCAUCUCUAUGCGCUGGAGUACAGGUUGUGGAAGCGAGGUCACUCUCCCGGCUCUGGUGACCCUGGCGACCCUGGCGACAAAUUCCCUUUCGCUAAACCGUUGACUCAUGUUGCUCAUGAGCCUUUCUCCAGCGAGUAUGAUGUGUUCUACCGUGCCAAACAGGCAGAAGAAUCGCACGAGAAACCCAACCUCGCAAUCGCCGAUGUCAACCAGCCGCUGAGAGAUGGCGCUGAUCAAGAGUGUCCGGACAUCGGUGCGACAGAAGAGGUGCACCAAACAUCGGCAGCUCAGCCAAACCAAAGUGUCAACAAGCGGGGCCUCGACGUAGCCGACACUAUGGUCCUAGCUCCACAACCCAAAAGGUCGCAGACAUGA